GUUGGUGAACCAUCUAAAGAAGAAAAAGCUGUUGCCAAGUAUCUUCGAUUCAACUGUCCAACAAAGUCUACCAAUAUGAUGGGUCAUAGAGUUGAUUAUUUUAUUGCUUCAAAAGCAGUGGAUUGCCUUUUGGAUUCAAAGUGGGCAAAGGCCAAGAAAGGAGAAGAAGCCUUAUUUACAACCCGAGAGUCUGUGGUUGACUACUGCAACAGGCUGUUAAAGAAGCAGUUUUUUCAUCGGGCUUUGAAAGUAAUGAAAAUGAAGUAUGAUAAAGAUGUAAAGAAAGAAAAAGAGAAAGGGAAAACUGAGAGUGGAAAAGAAGAAGAUAAGAAGAGCAAGAAAGAAAAUGUCAAGGAUGAAAAGAUGAAGAAGGAGAAAGAGAAGAAGAAGGAUGGUGAAAAGGAAGAAUCCAAGAAGGAAGAAACUCCAGGAACUCCCAAAAAAAAGGAAACUAAGAAAAAAUUCAAGCUUGAACCGCAUGAUGAUCAAGUUUUUCUAGAUGGAAAUGAGGUAUUUGUUUGGAUCUAUGACCCAGUUCACUUCAAAACGUUUGUCAUGGGAUUAAUUCUUGUGAUUGCGGUGAUAGCAGCCACCCUCUUCCCGCUCUGGCCAGCAGAAAUGAGAGUGGGUGUUUAUUAUCUCAGCGUGGGGGCAGGCUGUUUUGUAGCCAGCAUUCUUCUUCUUGCUGUUGCUCGUUGCAUUCUCUUUCUCAUCAUUUGGCUCAUAACUGGAGGAAGGCACCACUUUUGGUUCUUGCCAAAUCUUACUGCUGAUGUGGGCUUCAUUGAUUCCUUCAGACCUCUGUACACACACGAAUACAAAGGACCAAAAGCAGACUUAAAGAAAGAUGAGAAGUCUGAAGCCAAAAAGCAGCAGAAGUCCGACAGUGAGGAGAAAUCAGACAGUGAGAAAAAAGAAGAGGAAGAGGGAAAGGUCGGACAAGGAACUAAUGGGACAGAAGGUCCAGGAGGGGAACGACAUUCAGACACAGACAGUGACAGGAGGGAGGAUGACCGGUCCCAGCACAGUAGUGGGAACGGGAAUGAUUUUGAGAUGAUAACAAAAGAGGAACUGGAGCAGCAGACAGAUGGGGAUUGUGAAGAGGAAGAGGAGGAGGACAGCAAGGAUGGAGAAACAGCUCACCUGUCACAGGAAAAAUCAUAAACUUGCUGUCGUUUGGGGACUGGAUAAGUGCAAGAGG